AUGAGGGUGGCUCGAGCUUCUGCUGCAGUGGGCGUGGUCGAUGGUACGAUAUAUGUAUUGGGAGGUUUCGAACAUUUCUGCUCAAUUUCCCGCAAGUGGGGUGAGGUUUUUGACCCAAUGACGAAGACUUGGGAUGACUUGCCAAUGCCGCCAUCGAAUAAGUACAACCUAAACUACCCCUUAAUCUACGAAAGCGCGGUGAUGGACGAGAAGGUUUUCGCUUUGAACGGGGCCGGUAGAGGUAUCUUUUACAUACCGAGUGAAGGGAUAUGGAUGACAGGGAAUUCAGAUACAAGCAGAGAGAGAAGGGGUUGGUAUGUGAUCGAGAAUGUCAUGUACUGUUGUGUAACGGGUGGGAGGAUACUUUGGUGUGAUGCAAAUGAAUUGGAUUGGCGCAAACACGAGGGGAUGGUGUGGAGAGAGGUCAUGGGAUUGAAAACUCUAACGGACACUCUAUGUGACUCCAGGCUAGUCAACUAUGGUGGGAGGAUGUCAGAGUUUGCAGAUCAUUGGAAGUCAUGCAAAAGGAAGAGGGUGUGGCAUGGAUUGACUAAUGAACUUGACAGAUUGCUUCCGGGGCACAAACUUAGUAACUCUGGUCCUAACAUGUUACUCUUUUGGGACGUGUUUGGUCCUGAGAAAUUGGAGAUUUGGUGUGCAGAGAUCUCUUUAAGGAGAUGCAAUGAGAGAGUUGAGAUUAGCGGCAAGAUUGAGUGGUCGGAAGCUGUCAUCACAUUCAAACCUCCUCCUCUACAUCAGCAUCACUGUAAGAUUUUGUAUUCUCUUUCUCUCAAUUUCUGA